AUGCAGCACUUGAACGCAACAGUUUUUUUACUGAGGACAUGUUUGAUGGAGCACGCAGAGUGGUUCAGAAGUGAUCGUAUCUGCUUUGUGGACACAUACUUUGGACACUACUGGAGUGCAAAGUACAAUGAGUUCAAGAUGGUAGAGGCUAACAAGAAGGGCGAAGGGAAGCCACUACCAACUCUAUUGUGGGAUUACUAUAAAGGUGCACAACCAGAGCCUCGGCCAACAAACAAGAUUUGGGGAAUCGACAUUGACGAACUUUACGUCCCUUUCAACGUGAAAACUAACCAUUGGGUAGCUCUGCUCAUUUCCUUGCCGAAGAGGCAUAUCACUGUAUACGAUAGUCUACCCCAUCACGUGAAGCCGGCAGAGUUACAUGUACUCUUAGAACCAUUGGCGGUGAUGUUUCCUUAUUUGAUGAGGACAUUGGCUGACGAGGAAACGAAGUACAUGUGGACUCUGGAACCUUUUACGUAUGACCGGCCGAUUGGCCAAGAGAUAGUGCCACAACAGACUAACAUCAAUGACUGCGGAGUGUUCACGAUGAAGUACAUUGAAUGCCACGCCCUUGGUGUGGAGUUCCCGCAGACGCUGUGCCACGCCAACAUACCGGACAUUAGAUUGAAGCUCGCCGGUGACUUAUACCAUGAGACAGGGGUUCGCGGACCAAAGGAGCGUGACUGGGCGGAGUUGGACUAA